GUUGUACAAGCUGCGCAUUUGUCAAGCAGUGCUGACAUUACACAUGUGCUUACUGAUUCGUCGUGGCAGUACAAUCACUUCGUAAUGGCUAUUGUACAGACAGGACUGAUGGUAGCAAUCCCCACCCGCUACAUUGUGUCUUUCAUGGCGUUCAUGGGGAUCGCUGUGCAGUACACACUCAAGGUCAACCUGUCGGUAGCCAUCGUGGCUAUGGUCAAGACUGAGACGGCUUCCACCUCUCAUAUGAUCACUGACGUGUAUCCAUACAGCAACGACACAGCAUCACAGAGUGAGCCAGCCAGUGGCGGGGAGCUGGAAUGGGAUGAGGCUGACCAGGCACAAGCUCUGUCCAGCUACUACUAUGGCUAUGUGGCUACACAGCUGUUAGGGGGCUGGGUCUCUGAGUGUUUAGGUGCACGAUAUGUGUGUGGGCCUGCUGUACUGGCUGCAGGGUUGCUCUCAUUAGCUGCACCGGCCGCUGCACGAGCGGGGCUGCCAGCCUUCAUUGUACUACGCAUCACAAUUGGAGCAGUCUCGACAUUACAUGGUUUCAGGGAAGGUGAAUCAACAAAAGUGACAACAGCAGAUUUAGUUAAUCAUAUUGUGAGAUCUCUAGAUGGAUAA